AUGAGUUGGUCCAGUAUCGCCUCAGUGAGCCGCAAGUUGGCGGUCGACAGCAGCAUCCAGUCGCGCCUGCAGGAGCAGGAGUGGGCCAGAGACGAGGCGGAGGCCAGAGAGGCGCAUGCCAACCAGCCAGUCGCAGAGGGCUGGAGGAGGAUGGAGUUGAAUGGCAAAUUCUUCUAUUUGCACACGAGCGGUCGGAGGCAGCAGCGCCGCCCAGUACCAGACCCCGAUCUCCUGCUCGGCUGGCUGAAACUGGAGAGCGAGUCGAGACCGGGGUCGUUCUUUUAUUUCCACGAGAAGACUCGCAAGACGCUGGACCGCCCGCCGCGCCUGGAGGACGACAUGCCGGCCGGCUGGGUCCGGCGGGAGUCCCGGAGCGAGCCUGGCACGUUCUUCCACGUCCACAUACAGACCGGGCUCGUCCAGCUGGGCAUGCCCUGCGAGGGCCCGCUGGAGGCAGCAGUCGUCGCGCCGCAGCCCUGCAGCUCUCGCCGCCCCGCGGCACCGCUGCCCCGCAGAGCUCUGCUUGCGCGGGUGGUGCCGCGCCCGGCGGCGCCCGGGCGCCGCCCUCGCCUCUGCAGGCCCGCAUGGGGCGGCCCCCGCGGCACUCGCGGGCGCCGCGGCCCGGGCGCCGGCGGGCCCGCCUCGCUUGGGCGCCGCUGCUGUCGUCGGCCGCGCUGGCGGCCGCCGCGCUGGCCGCCUCGUCCCGCUGCGGCGCGGUGUUCGCGGCGGCCGGCUCCGCCGCGCGGGGCCAGGGACCUCCCAGUCUUCCGGAGGAUUGCAGCGGCCGCCGCCACGGAGGAGACGGCCAGGACGAACACGGUGUGGGUGAUCGAGGGUAGCCAACGGUACCCAGUGCAGUGGCUGCCCACCGACACCGUAGACGACUUCAAGGCGCGAAUCUACGCGGCGAUCAACGUCACGGCCGCCAGGCAGGAGAUCGUGAACGCACAGAAGGUGACACUUGCGGAGGGCACCCUGAUGCAGGAUUACGCAGGCAGCGACGGCACGCUGAAGAACCUCUGGUUGAAGGUGCAGAAGGACACCAAGGACAGACAACGAAGGACCACUAGAUGA